AUGGCGAAAGCAGACUACAGUAGGGACUACUAUGCCGACUUGGAGCUUCCUGCAUCGGCGGAUGUCAACGAGAUCAAGAAGCAGUUUCGAAAGCUUGCUUUAAAAUACCACCCGGACCGCAAUCCGGGCAAGGAGGCCGAAGUCAACGCCAAGUUCCAAACCAUCCAAGCCGCCCACGAGAUCUUGACCAGCCCCGAACAAAAGUCCAAGUACGACAGCCACCGCAGUCGAAAUACCUCCCGCUACCCAGCCGCCUCGGGCGUUCGGGGCAACCCGUGGCAGGAUGUCUCGUCCCAAUACCCCGUGCCACCCCGUAGGCCUGGCCAGGCCCCGACCUCGGCCGCGCGCAACACCCAUGCGUCGUCGUCGGGGCAAUCCUCCUCCUCAGCCUCGUCUUCACAUCGCUAUUCUAGCUUCAACGUCCCGCCGUCUGCAAAGACCAGCAAGGAAGACCUCGACUCAAGAUACAAUGCGUGGAAGAACAUGCGGCCAAAUGCAGCUAAGGGCCGCCCUGGCCAAAGUGCCAGCGCCGCAUAUGCUGCUGCCAAUUCCGGGUCGGCCGCCAACACGAGCAGAAAGGCAAACGCAAAUCCUGCCUCGUCUUCUAUGCCACCACCGCCUCCACCUCAUCCCCCCCAGCCCCAGACACCGAUGCCCGCACGCACGGCUUCGCAAAGGCAGAAGGCGAACGCUUCGUUUGGUACCAGUACCAGGCGACCCACGGGCUUCCACCCGCAGUCACAGAUGGGCGACGAACCGCCAGCUGCAAACACGAACAACUACUUUACCAAUCGGACACACACGAGCCGGGGAUACUUUUUCGGCGAGCAGCCAGAUCCGUCGUCAGGCACCGACCAUCCUACCCCCGAGCCGCGAAGAGCAUCCGCCUCGGCUGCACCAGAGCCAGCGAAGCCGGAGCCCCGGAACCUGUCCGACGAGUCUCUAUUUGACUCUCGCCAGAGCACACCAUAUCAAACCCACGGCGGCGAGAAGUUCAAUCCGUUUGACGGUGUACGUAUGACGGCGGAUCUGAACCGGACGAAGAGCUACCGCUCCGUCAACCCGCAGGCAGCAAGACCCGACUUUCGCCGCCGCAGCUCAAGUCUUCCCGACGAAUCAGACAAUGCCACCAAGGCUGCGGCCUCUGCGAAGAAGAGAGCAGCCGGCAGCGGAACAGGUGCGACGACAUCGGCGGCAGCUGCUGGUGUGGCGGCUGGGGUUGCGGCAGGGGUCGCAUAUGAGGCAGCAGCGGCCUCGCACUCGCCUUCUGCCAAUAGCGCCAAUACUGGUGUUCCUCGGUCGAGCGCCCGGUCACGGCCAGGCCCCACAUCAAAGGCAUCUCGUCCCGCGACGUCUUCACAGAUGCCCCAGUUCGAGGAGCAAUACCAGAGAAUGCAGGGGGACCAACAGCAGCAACAGCAGCAACAACAAGAACAACAGGAACAACGGUCCAAUCACUUUGCGUCGGUUAACAACAAUGCCGCACAAAACACUGGCAACCCACAGAACAUCAACACCCCGCAGAACGACAAAAGCAAACCUAUUUUGUAUGCCACCCCUCCUUUCUCCCAGGACCCCAAGCAAGCAUCUGGAGACCCGAGCAAGAACGACAGCAAAUCCUUCAACAGUGGCUACAUGGCAGGCUUGAACGCUUUUGAAGCAAAACAAUUCAACAUUAUUCAAGGCCUCGUCGACAACGUCGAGGUGUACAAGCCUUCGCCCCGAGACUCCAAGUCCGAGUCCAAGGCCGGCCAUGCGAACUCCAACCUUUCCCUCGACGACGACGUUUUCAGUGUGCCUAGUACACCGUCCGACCAAGAGCGGACCAAUCCGUUCACGCGCAGUAGUGUCGAAGAUAUCAAUACGCGCUUUGUCUCAGGCGAGAAGGCCAAUGCAGCCUGGGCAUUUAGCGCCGGAGGCAGCGAGGGCGAGUCUUACGGAGAUUUCCCGUCGCGGGUCCGCCGCUCGCAGUCCGGCAGCCGCCUUGGCCGGCGGUCGCCCGGAAAAGGUAACUCGAUUCCGAAGCCAGAUGGUAGCGCACCCCAACCGCCUCCCCCACCCCCACGGCCACAACAGGUCCCUACGUCACAGGACCCAAGCCCGGUGUCUUCCACCAUUGGCACGGCCGAUGGGGACUCUGGCAAGACGAACGAGGCCACCACUGGUACCAAAGGCAAUACGACAACGACGACCAACUACUUCAACGCCGGACGAUGGGCCGAGCAGAUUGGCUCGGAACACUUUGUACCAUGGACUGCACAGCAGCCGCCCAACCUGCCGCCGCGGCAGUCCACCCCCACUCAGCAACGGGCGCGUCCUAUCAAGAAGCCCAAACCGAUUCAGCGGUCCAACACGACUGCGCCUCGCGAAUACAUUGUCAUUCCUGACGACGACGACGAUGAAGAGGGCGGCGGGUCCACAGCGGAAAAUGACACAGGCCCUAAGACCCAGCAGCAGAGCCAACAGCAGCCUAUUGAAGUAGAGGCAGACGUCAGUGGCUUUGCCAGUCCGACCGCCAUGGACAUUGACUCUCCCCCGGCAACGGAAGAUACCUUUAAUGAGGCAGGUCCUGGGGAUCGGAGAUCGGGAGUCGCGUCGUCGGGGACCGAUACGGCUGGAGGUGCUCCUCUCUCGAGCCCUGACCCGCACAUGGAAGGCGCCCGGAAAAUUCCUGUGGAGCCUACACGUCCCGAAUGGAGGGCGGGGGAUGUGAACAAGCCUGGCACCGCUUCAACAGCUGCUGCUGCUGCUAAUGCCGCCGCAGCCAGUGCUGGCACAGCCUCCGCCCCGAGGCCAGUCCCGAACGCUGGCGCCGACUACGUUCGUGGCUCUGAAGAUUCUGAGGAGUUCCGCGCGACGUUGUCGGAUAUUCACAAAGUUGAGCCGUUUGCUGAAAAUGCGCCAGGCAUCCAGGGCUAUGCCGGGACGGGUCUCGGAUCCUUUGGCGACCUCCAAAGCAACUUGCCAUUUGAGAGCAAGGCGGCGUCGGCCGCGGUUCCGGUUCCUCCCUCCUCGAUGCAGGGCGGCGGCAGCAGCGCCGCACGCGUUGCUCGUAGCCGCAGCCGAUCUCGCAGAAACAUUACGUUCCCCAAAGCGCCCGUCGCACCGCACCCGCCGGCCGCCUUGGGCGUGCCCGGCCUGCAUCCGUCGGCCGCGGCGUGGGACAAAUACGUGACCGAAUUCCGCCACUACAUGCUUGAGUGGACCGCCUUCAAUAGCUUGUAUGUCGACCACUUCCAGGCGCGUCGCCACGACAUUGAGACGCGUGACGGCGAUUUCGGCUGGCUCGAUUCCGCAGACGGCGACAACGACGGCAUCAACCGCUACCUGGACUGGAUGGAGCAAGACGCAGAAGUGCGCGCGGUGUGGUCGGUGUCGUGCUCCAACCACGACAUGGACGUUCGCAAGUUCAUGGCCUACCGUGAACGGAUGCGGCUGGCAUGA